AUGUCAAACGCCAGCAAUAAUAUAGAUCGUGCGAUAGGUGAUGAUUUAACUUUGGAUAUACAACAAGACUUCAAUAAUAAUACCGGUAUCAUCGAUGACGAUAUAGAUGAUGAUUUAGCCUUGGAAAAUGAUGACUUCAUGAAUAGCAAUAAUGCUAAUCACAGCGUUACUAAUGAACAUGUUCCACAAGUAAAUCAUCCCAUCUUAUCCAAAAUAAAUAACCUAUUUUCCAAUAUAAAUUCCAUCGCAUUUAAUUCUAGCAGGGAAGGGGGUAGCCAUGGCAAUAUUUUGGAUAACAGGAGGAAAAAUGUACGUAAAAGCACCAAAAGAUUAUUUGACAGAAUUCAUAACACCGACAGUACUCACGACCAUGACGCCGAGGGUGGAAUUGAAUUGUACAAUUUAAAUGGUGACAAAAAUGACAAUUCUUUUGACAUGGACUUUGGUGGUGAUGAUGAAGAAGAUCCUGAUUCAUUUGCCGAUGAAGCGCAUUUCCGCAAUGUAUUGUAUAGAAACAGAAGGAAGAAGAAGUUAUUAAAAAUAGGACUUUACUUAGGCACCACUAUUUUAUUAUCAACGAUUUUUCUAUUAUUAAUUUUAUCUAUAACUAAAAAUCCUAAUGGAUUGUACACCCAUAAAAGUAACAAUUUAAAUGAUGAACCUACUUCCACGGAUGACUCUAAAGAAGGAGAUGGGAAAGGUGGAGUGAAUGACGAUGAAAACGAUGAUGAUAUAGCCUUUUUCAAUAAAUACAACAAACUAGAUCCGCAUAAACUAUAUUCUAAUGGUACUUUGGAAAUGUAUCCAUUAACAAUUUUUUUAUCGAUCAGUGGGAUGAAUCCAAUUUACAUUAAUAAAUGGGACACACCGAUUUUGCAUGGGCUGUACACUGGUAGAAAUAUAAAUGAUAUUUUAACGGACUACUACUUUUCAGAAGAUGAACAGAUUGAUGAUAGUGGUAACACAGAACGUUCCUUUGUCGAGAAGAGAGAUGACAAUAUCAAUUGGUGUGGUGUUUCUACUCCAUACAUGAUUCCAUCCUUCCCAUCUUUAACAUAUCCUAAUCAAUGGACGUUGCUUACUGGUUUAUACCCUAAUGAACAUGGAAUAGUUAAUGAUGAAUUUUACUACAAUCCGAAAAUAUUAUUGCCAGCACACAGCAGCAACUUGAACAAAAAUAAAAACAAAAAAUCUGGUAAGAAAUGGGUUAACUUUAAUGGGUAUGAUACUAAGAACGAAAACAAUUAUUACCCUGAAUUGUGGAAGGGCGAAAGUGUAUGGAAUACAGUUCAGAAACUAUAUUAUGACGUUAACAAUGGCUAUGGGUUUAAAGUUGCCGUUGAUAGUGGAUGGCCGGGUGCUACAGUGGUUCAUAAUUUUAGCAUUAACAACUUUAUAGUUGAUAUUGAUCAAAAUGCUAAAAAAACUUUGAAUUCUAAUGUUACCGAGCCAUAUUACUUAGAUACUUCUAAAGAUACCGAUGAAAAACUAAAUAAUAUUUUCAAAUAUAUUGAUGGAAAUCAUGAUCCAUUACAAAGACCAGGACUAAUUUUGAGUUAUGUAUCUGACUUAGAAAAUUUACUCCACCAAAUUGGUGUUCCCACUUUUAAAGAACGGGAACAAAAUACAAAGAUAUAUGAUGCAUUUGUGAAUAAGUUGGGUGAAAUUGAUUAUUUUGUUGGUGAAAUUAUUGAAAAUAUAAUGUUGAGAAAUCUAUCUCAUAUUGUAAACUUGGUGAUAGUGAGUGAUCAUGGCAUGAGUUCUAUACCUAAAAUUGUACAUAAGGUAGUUAACACUGGUGAAGAUAUUACUGGUAUAACCACCGAUAAUGAAUCCAGAGUUUUAUACUGGAAUGACUUAUUUCGGACUAAGGAAGAUAAGAAAUAUUUAAAGUUAAUUGAAAACGUUUCUGGAUACCCACAUCUGGCUAUUAGAGUGGUUGAUGAUGACGAUGACGACGACGACGACGACGAUGAUGCUGAUGCUGGUGCUGAUUCAGAGGAUACAAAAAAUAACAUAGAAGAUAGCGACAAUAGGCCUGAAGAACAUCAUGCUACGAAAAAUGAAAAAAAACAGGCCAAUUUGUAUAAGGUGUAUUCAUUUUUAAAGAAAAAAUUUGAGAGUGAUACUACUGAUCCAUUCUUGUCUUCACAUUUCCAUGUUUACCAAAGGGAAAAUAUCCACGAAUUUGAACUGAGUAAAUAUCUGGGUAAUGGCGCUGAUUCUGAUGCAAGUAGCAGUACCACAAACAACAACAAUGAUGACAGAAUUGCUCGACUAUGGAUUAUAGCUGAUCCAGGAUAUUACAUUUCAUCAGACAAAAACAUUGGUAACAAAUACUGGAAUGAUAAAAAUAAAAUUACAAAGAAUUUGAAGAGUAAUGAGUUUGGUUGUUCCGGGUACGACUAUCAUUCGAUUGAUAUGAGAUCAUUAUUUGUGGGAUAUGGUCCGUAUUUUGAAAAAUAUAAUCAUCAUCGUGAUGUUACUGGUGCUGACGUACGAAGUAAUAUAAGAUACUUGAAACCAUUUAAAAAUGUGGAAAUUUAUGAAUUAUUAUGUCAUAUGAUAGGAGUCUCUAAGCCUAGUCCUAAUAAUGCUACAUUUAAAUACCCAUUAAGAAAUUAUAUCAAUAAAAACAAUAUUUGGAUUAAUAACGAUAAUAUUACGAGUUCAGUUUAUGAUGUGGAUGAAUUUGAGUAUAUACUAGAUAUAUUCCCUGAUAGUUCGUAUUUGGAGUUAUGGUAUGAUUAUCACAAUGAUUUAGGUGAGGAUGAUAAUACCGAGGAGGAAAUGGCUGAGCAACAACAAGAGGGAGAGGGAGACUGGGAAGAAGGAUGGGAAAGUGACCAAGAGGAGGAAGGAUGGGAAGGAGGCGAAGAAGAGGGAGAAGAGGGAGAAGAGGGAGAAGAGGGAGAAGAGGGAGAAGAGGGAGAAGAAGAAGGGAAACAAGAAGAUCAGGAAGAAAACAAUUCUGUAGAAGAACCACAACAAGAUAGUGACGAUGAUGACACCGACAAAUUAUCGACAUCUUUUAGUUUACCUAAUAUAAAUAGCAUACUCGGAGAAUUAAGCGAUUCAGUCAGUGAUAUAUUUCAAGAUGCAUGGAACCAUACCCAGAAAACAUGGGAUGAAUUAGUUGAAGAAGCAGAAGGAUUAAUUGGUGAGUGA